CCAGUGUCGACCCCAGCCAUCUAUUAUGCUUCUUCGCAAUAAAAGCUACCCGAAAAUCUGCAAGGACAACGCAACCGGAGCCGCUUGGAGUGAAACGUGCUGACACUCAGGUCCUGAGAUGGGAUGUGCGUGUCGAGGUGGGACUAAGGAGCAGCAAGAGGAUCGUUGUAACUGAGCUACAGACGUCAUUCAAGCAACAGCUUCCCCCUUGACCAAUAUGUCGGCAGUCACGUCCCCUGCCCAGGUGCCCGCACCUAUUGUUAACCCGCCCCCACCUGAGGUCAUUAACUCUGGUAAGCCGGGCCGGAAAACCAACCAGCUACAGUACAUGCAGAAUGUGGUUGUGAAGACUCUUUGGAAGCAUCAGUUUGCGUGGCCCUUUUACACACCUGUGGAUGCAAUCAAAUUGAAUCUGCCGGACUAUCAUAAAGUUAUCAAGAAUCCAAUGGACAUGGGAACCAUAAAGAAGCGGCUUGAGAAUAAUUACUAUUGGACUGCUGGAGAAUGCAUGCAGGACUUCAACACUAUGUUCACAAACUGUUACAUCUACAACAAGCCCACAGACGACAUUGUUCUCAUGGCUCAAGCCUUGGAAAAGAUUUUCCUCCAAAAGGUAGCUCAGAUGCCCCAGGAGGAGGUGGAGCUUUUACCCCCACCACCUAAGGGCAAAGCACGGAAACCCGGAGCACCCCCUGGUUCAGAAAACCAGCAAUCGAUAGCCUUGACUCCUGGAUCUCCAUCGUCGUCAUGUCCGAGCUCUCCUCCGCAGCUGGCUCAGACUCCUGUAAUCGCUGCCACUCCAGUCGCCACCAUCACCACCAAUGUACAAGCUGCACCCCCUGCCACAGCCAUGAUCCCAACUGCACAGCCUGUGGUCAAAAAGAAAGGGGUGAAGCGGAAAGCAGACACCACCACACCGACAACCUGCGCGAUCACUGCCAGCCGAAGUGAGUCGCCCACUGCAAUGUUGGAGUCCAAACACAGUAAAGUCAUUUCCAGACGAGAGAGCACAGGUCGACCCAUUAAACCUCCCAAGAAGGACCUGGAGGAUGGGGACGUCCAGCAGCCAGGCAACAAGAAAAGCAAGCUCAACGAUCAUCUCAAAUACUGUGACACUAUUCUCAAAGAGAUGCUUUCCAAGAAGCACGCAGCCUACGCCUGGCCCUUUUACAAGCCCGUAGACGCGGAGGCCCUGGAGCUACACGACUAUCAUGAAAUCAUCAAGCAACCGAUGGACCUCAGCACUGUCAAAAAAAAGAUGGACAGUCGAGAAUACCCAGACGCCCAAAACUUUGCAGCAGAUAUUCGGUUAAUGUUUUCAAAUUGUUACAAAUACAACCCUCCUGAUCACGAGGUCGUUGCCAUGGCAAGAAAACUCCAGGAUGUGUUCGAAAUGAAAUUCGCGAAGAUGCCAGAUGAACCAGCAGAACCGUCUUCACCAAACGCGGUUUCAGCAACGGCGGUGGUGAGCAAGAGCACGGGCAGCAGCGAGAGCAGCGCAGACUCGUCCAGCUCCAGCUCCGACUCGGAGGAGGAACGGGCCACUCGGCUAGCUGAGCUCCAGGAACAGCAAUUCGCUGUGGAGCGCCCCAAUGGUAACAGGGCGGGGACAAAAAACGGGUGUGCCAAACGUUUUCAGCUGAAGGCUGUUCAUGAACAGCUAGCCGCUCUGUCACAGGGUCCUGUGAGUAAACCAAAGAAAAAGAAAGAGAAGAAGGAAAAAGAAAAGAAGAAAAAGGACAAAGAGAAGGACAAAGACAAGAACAAGGUCAAGGCAGAAGAAGAGAAAAAGGCCAAGUCCACGCAACCGAAUAAGCAAACGCCGCAGAAAAAGACCUCGGCGCGGAAACCCAACAGCACAUCCACUACGAGGCAAGCAAAAAAGGGCGGCAAACCUGGCGCAGCAAACUACGAGUCUGACGAGGAGGAGUCUCUUCCCAUGUCUUACGACGAGAAGCGGCAGCUCAGCCUGGAUAUCAACCGAUUGCCGGGUGAGAAACUGGGCCGCGUGGUCCACAUCAUCCAAUCACGUGAGCCCUCGCUGCGAGACUCCAACCCAGACGAGAUCGAGAUCGACUUCGAAACACUCAAGCCUUCCACGCUGCGCGAGCUCGAGCGAUACGUCAAGUCCUGUUUACAGAAAAAGCAGCGCAAACCUUUACCGGGCACUGGGAAAAAGAGUGCCAAGUCUAAAGAGGAACUGGUUCAGGAAAAGAAGAAAGAGUUAGAAAAGAGGCUACAGGACGUGAGCGGACAACUGAACAACAACAAGAAACCACCCAAAAAAGCAGAGAAGGCGGGGUCAGCGCAGGGGGGCGGGGCAUCCCGGUUGAGCGGCAGCAGCAGCUCUUCGGAUUCGGGCAGCAGCAGCUCCAGCGGCUCCAGCUCCGAGAGCAGCGACUCAGACUGAACUCCAAAUCCUUCAAGCCCCUCUGUUUUCUAACCAAGUAGUGUGUGUUGUCAUGAUAGUAUCUCUCUGAAGGGGGCCGCUUUUACGAAGAGCUUUGCAAGACGGCAGAGGAUAUUUUAAAUAGUUUGUAGAACGGCUCAGACCAAGAUGAGAGCGGGAAUAGUUCGAGUUUUAAAGGUUCUCUCUGGCCCUCAAAGGGAAAAACGCCUGGUAUCACCAGAGGAUAAAAAAAAAAGACAAAAAAAAAAACAUGAUAUUUUUUGGAAAAUAUGUCAGUUGUGGAAGUGAAACGGUUGCGCGUCUGUUCUUUCUUUUUAUUUUUGGUUAGGUUGCUGCUCGUUAGAUUCAUACAUGCGUUAGUGGGGGAAAAACUGACAAAUGCCUGGCUGCAUUUUAUCGAUCGGGUAGCUUCACAAGUUCUCAAAGCCUGAAGGAAUCAUUAACGAUCGGCUCUCUUACACUCUUGGUGUGGCUCUUGUCAUGUCCGCGUGACUUUUCAACUCAUUCCACGAUUAUUUUGCUGAGUAUGAUAGUGCUUUUCAUUGUUACCAUUUUUUUUUUUUUAAGAAAAUCUAUUUAUUAUUUCGUUUUUUGUAUCCAGUAAGGCACACGAGUGUUCUCAGCGUUCUGUUUUUACAAAAAUGACCAGUUUAAAUGUGUACGAAAUUUGGCAACCCUUCAUAUAUAUAUUUUUAGGCAAUUUCAACACUGUAAAAUGUCUCCUCCGGUGCUCUCGGCUCAGUAUUUGAUGUAGAAUUAUGUCUGAAUUUGUUUGUUUUUAAUCUAUAUCAUACUCUCAUUUGUUUUCUAUUUGAAUCGUCUUGUGUAUUUUUUUAUUUUACUAUUGAUAUAUUGGUGCCCUGAAUAGCUCUACUUUCUAUCUGAUACCAAGUCCACUCAUAGGACAAUCAAAGAUCAGUAGAUACGGACGUCUUAAAGAUCAUGACGCAAGUUCAGUAAGAUGUAACACCCCUCUUCCACAAUAUUGCGCCCUUUUGGACAAUGAGACUUUUUGUAUAGAAACUGACGGCAGAGAAAACUUCAAGCAGCAGUGCUAGACAUCAUUUCAGAAGGAUUUGUGUUUGAUAAUAGUUCUUAUUAGUUGAAAGUAUUACAACUAAUGUAUGUUCUCAAUUUGAAUAAUUUUGAUUUUUCUUAAAUGGUGUAUUGAAUGCUUUCAAUGGUACCUAGACACUUGUUUUCCGGGAGUAGUUUGGAAAUGGACCAUGACUGAUAAUCUUUAUAUAUAUAAAUAUAUAUUAAAAAAAAUAAAUAUGAAUGUAUUAGAGGUUAUUUUCACAUUUUUCUUCUCGUAACGCCACUCAUUCAGUGGGAUUUCUUUUCAUUUACCAGCCUUGAAUUCAUCUCUGAACCCUUUGAAAUCAUUGGAUGUGCUCUUGAGUUGCCUUAAGUUUAGUUGGCACACUAAAAUAAAGUCCGAUGGGUCCGGUUUAUCUGAUCGAGUCUAAGCCAAUGUGUAUAGUUUUGUUUUUUAAUCAUAAAAUUGUGAUGUAAAGUGACUUUCAUGGGAUUUCUUCUUACAUGUAGGAUGCUUUUAAUCAUGUUUUGCUUUAUUAUACCACUGUAUUGCAUUACAUUUCCCUUGUCUAUAACCUACUUUGUCUCUUUGUCAGAAAUUCCUGUUCCUGGGCUUCACGAUGCAGACAGAGAUUUAACGAUACAUAGGAUAUAUAUAAUAACAGAUUUAAAUGUAUAUUCACUACUUAUUCGUCAAACUCUGUCUUGGGUCUGAGGAUUUUAGCUUUUGUUUGUUUGUUUGGUUUUUUAUGAGAGAAAGAGAGAGAACAUUUGUGUAUUGCAUGCCAAUUUACAGUAUAUUUCUUAAAACUUUUUUGAGCAGUUUAUAACCUGUAAAUGUCAUUCUUUCGAGUACAAAUUUUCAAAAUGCGUAGCGCUGCAUAUGUUAAGUUCGGCAAGUAUGUUUUUGGCGAAGACUUACAUGGUAAUAUCUGAUGUAUAAGCUAAUCUGAGAUUUGGACACUGAGCCCCUCGUUUUUUCGUAAAUAAACCACAAAAAACCCA